CCGUUCCUGAACAACCCAGAUUAGCUACUUAUCAGCUUCCCAUCUAACUGUUUACAAGUUGAUUGCUCAACAACUUGUGGUAAAAUCUUUCCAGAGACUGAAGUUAAGCUAACAAGUUUUUGCUUCCUUCGGUCCUCCUCUUUUCUAAGAUAUGUACUUGUAAACACGUUGCUUCUGUCAGCUCUUCAGGCAUCAAGGGUGGAUUUCACAAGUGUCUGCUGACUUGAAAAUCUUUAUCUUAUCUUUGUCUUUUAGAUUUCCUCAUCUUCUGCCUCCCUGCAAGAUUAAUUUCAGUCUUACACACUCUUACCUCUGAGUUGCUAUCGUGCACUGAGUAUAGUCCCUUCCCAUGAUUUCCAGCUCUGGUUUCUAUCAUCUCUCUGAGCCCAAGAGUCACACCUGUCUGUUCCCUAAGGUUAUUUUCAUAAAAACAUGAAUUCUGUUAGUUUAUUCCAUUCCUCUCAUUCUGUUUUCCUUAGAACAGGUGAUGAUGAAACUGCGGACAGUGUACCAAAUCCAGCUCAGCAGAGCAGUUCGUCAUGUCCUAAUCCUUGGUAUCCUCUCUUGUGGAUUCUCUGGACAAAAACUGGAAGUAGGCUGCAGUAUGUCUGAGUAGUACUCAUUGCCCAUUAUCUCAUGGCAGCUCCAUUUCUGUUCCUUUAAGUUUCACAGUAUAUAUUCUGUAAGUUUUGUAGUUACCUUCACAUCAUAUGGCAUGAACUAAAAUGGACCUCUGUAAUCAUACAAUGAAUGCAUACGUAUUCUGUCAUAUCCAGUUGAUGUAUAUCUCUCAGCUGAUCAGAGUACAGCUCUUCUCAUUAUUUUCCUGGAUGUGAACCCACCAGGAUACAGGAAAUGCUGGUAUUUUGGUCAUGCGUUGGCUACAAUUCAGUUUAUGUGGCAAGAAAGAUGUCAAUGGUUUUUCAGUGUGUAAAAAUUAAUGAGCUCUACCAGAAAGUUUCACUAUUUAGAAUCCUUUUGUAGAAUAUGGAUUUUUGUGGUCACUUUAACAUAUUAUUUUUCAUCUUUAGAAUCUCAGUACAACUUCAGUGAGUUUCUCCCUUUAGUCAGAAACUGAGAUGAGAAGUGCCUUCUCAAGUACAUUCUCCUAAUAGCUCCCUUUAUGUCUGUGAAGAACAAAGUUUCUUUUGGUUGUAGGACACUGCGUUCCUAGCCGGUGGGUGGGUGAAGUCCCCCACUGGUUACUGGCACCUUGUAUGGUUGCUCAGAAAGAGCUUCAUUCUCCUUUAUAUGUGGUCUGUUGUUCAUAGCUCCCAGGAGAGAAGCAACCUGAUGUUUUCCCCUAACUCCUUCUUAAUGUGCCUUUCCUUAUUGCUUCAUUAAUUUUCAGAGCUUAUUCCUAUUCUAGAAUGCAGAAACCACUUAUGUCAGAACUGUGGUUUCAUGUGAAUGCUUCCUUCCUGAGGGUUGUUUUGUGGUUUUCUUAUGUCUUUUUUUUUUUUUUUGGUGCGUGUGUGUGUUUGUUACAGCCUUACUACACCUUUUGACCUCUUUUCUCCAAAAUUAUAGCAGUAUUCCUUUUAAGUUUCUGUGAGCCUUUGCCUCUGUUCCUCUGCAAAGCCUCUCUUACUGCAGUGAUAAACUUAAGACUUUCUAACCUUUUGCUACUGUGUGAAAUCUAUUUCUUUUUGCCAUUAACUUUGCAUGGAAUACAUCUCAUUUGCUUUUCUUCAGGUUGUAUCUCCUCUGUCCAGCCAGAAAAUUCAGUUAGGCAUAUUCAUAACCCAUGUCCUUGAAUUCCUUACCCUUGCAUCGGUCAUGGUUAAACCAUAUACAUGGCCAGAUCUGAUAGCUUGACCUAGCUGUGUCAUUAGUGAUCUCAUGAACAGGCCUUGGGAAAUUUCUCUUGUUUUUUCUUGCCAUUGGAUACACGCGGGCAGCUUGUUCCCCAGACUGUAAGAAAAAGUCAUCGUAGGUUCGGUGUCUCAGAAGUAUGGAAUCAAUCUCUAUGAUGGGAAGCCCUAAGAACCUCAAUGAAACUUUUCUACCAAAUGUGGCCAAUGGCAUCAAGGAUGCCAGUAAGAUCACAGUAGGCAUCAUUGGAAGUGGAGACUUUGCAAAAUCAUUGACCAUUCGGCUGAUCAGAUGUGGGUACCAUGUUGUUGUAGGAAGCAGAAACCCCAAACUUGCUGCAGAGUUCUUUCCCCAUGUGGUUGACGUCACUCACCAUGAAGAUGCGGUAACGAAAACAAACAUCAUUUUUGUAGCUAUUCAUAGAGAACACUACACGUCUUUGUGGGACCUCAAGCAUUUACUCGUCGGUAAAAUUCUGGUUGAUGUCAGCAACAAUACAAGAGUAGACCAAUAUCCAGACUCCAAUGCAGAGUAUUUGGCAUCGCUUUUCCCAGAUUCCCUAGUUGUCAAAGGAUUCAAUGUUGUUUCAGCUUGGUCACUCCAGUUAGGACCAAAGGAUGCCAGCAGACAGGUCUAUAUAUGCAGUAACAAUGUUCAGGCUCGCCAUCAAGUUACUGAGCUUGCUCGUCAGCUCGGUUUUAUUCCUGUUGAUUUGGGGGCAUUGUCAUCUUCAAGAGAGAUUGAAAACUUACCUCUGCGACUCUUCACACUGUGGAAGGGGCCUGUAGUGAUUGCCAUUAGUCUGGCAACGUUUUUCUUCAUCUAUUCCUUCGUCAGAGAUGUAAUCCAUCCAUACAUGAGAAAUCAACAGAGUGACUUUUACAAGAUCCCCAUUGAGAUUGUCAACAAGACUCUACCAAUUGUUGCCAUCACGUUACUCUCUCUAGUGUAUUUAUCAGGACUUAUUGCAGCUGCUUAUCAGCUUUACUAUGGCACUAAGUACAGGCGAUUUCCACCUUGGCUGGACAACUGGUUGCAGUGUCGAAAGCAGCUUGGACUGCUCAGUUUUUUCUUUGCGGUGGUGCAUGUGGCAUACAGCCUUUGCUUACCUAUGAGGAGAUCAGAGCGAUACUUGUUCCUCAAUAUGGCAUAUCAACAGGUUCACGCCAAUGUCGAAAAUUCUUGGAAUGAAGAAGAAGUGUGGCGAAUUGAAAUGUAUAUCUCUUUUGGAAUAAUGAGUCUUGGGUUGCUUUCUUUGCUGGCAGUAACUUCUAUCCCUUCAGUCAACAGUGCCUUAAACUGGAGGGAGUUCAGUUUUAUUCAGUCUACACUUGGAUACGUUGCUCUGCUCAUAAGUACUUUCCAUGUACUGAUUUAUGGAUGGAAAAGAGCUUUUGAAGAAGAAUAUUACAGAUUUUACACACCGCCAAAUUUUGUUCUUGCCCUUGUACUGCCUUCCAUUGUAAUUCUAGGUAAGAUCAUAUUCCUUCUGCCAUGCGUAAGUAGGAAACUAAGGAGAAUUAGAAGAGGAUGGGAGAAAAGCCAUGCAAUAGAAGAAACAAGUGGGUCCGUUCCACAUUUCUCUCCAGAAAGAAUAACUGUGAUGUGAUGGUAGACUUCUAUUUGUUAGUACUAUUGCAGAUGUUUGGGUUUUUCUUUACUGUGUAUUUUGUUUGGUUUGUUUUUUAUUUCAUAAACUUGUAUUUUCAGGAGUUUAUGUAAUGUAUGUGUAAAGUCAGUGUGGACUUGCUUGGCAUACAUACAAGCCCUCAAUGGAAUUAUGAGAAAUUUAUAACUAGGAAAUUACUAUUUCAGAUAAUUACACGAAUACUUUGUUUAGAAUUACAGAGGGCAGAUAAUCAUGAAAUCAGAUUUUUGUAAUGCUCCUUUGCACCGUUGUAUCACAACAAUAUUUCAUUAUAACGAUGCUUUUGAGAUAUUUCUUUGACUCAGAGAGUGUGUCAGAGUGCUAUGUCUUAAUACCAUACUUUACCACAUCUGUCAUUUAAACCACACUCUGGGCUACUGAGUUCAGAAUAUUGACUAAUAGAGUUAAUAAUUUAGGAAACAUUCAGAUUUUGAAGCAACUGAAAUUAAUUUGUAAUGAUGUGUUGCACGUGUACAGUGUAUUUAUUUUUGUGGUUUUACAGUAUUCCAUGAUUUGAAUAUGCAAAACCAAUUUCAGUUGUGGCCUAAUUAUACAUCUUGUAAGCAGACGGUAUUGUACUUUGUGGGACUUUUUAAACAGAAUCACAUCGAAUUUUAAACCUUAGCAUCUCUUUAUUUCUGUGGGUCACAUAAUGAGAAAUCAAAGCAUUAUUAUACAUGAGCAGAAAGACUUGCAGAUACAUAUGCAAGCAACUACUUUUUGAUGUAAUAAUUAUUUUAAAAUACCAGAAAAUACUUCAAAACAAAAAUACUGAGAAAUCUGUGACAAUAGAAAUCCAUUUUCACUGUGAAACUUCCAACAUGUUGGUACAACAGGGAAGCAUCACAUUACUCAUGUUCUGUAUGUUUUUACACUGGAGUUUCAGUUAUAUAUGAAUGUCCCACAAUCUAUCUUACAGUCUUGGUAUCAUUUUGUGUAAAUACAAUCUUCUAUUUUUAUAUAUAGUCUUACUUUUACAGCAGAUGUUUCUGGGAUAUGCCUGAAUUUUUGAGGAACAAAAUUAUUAUUCUCAAACUUAAAAAUGAGAUUUUACCUCUAAGACUUGACAUUUGUGUCUUCUGUGGGAUUCAGAAGAACAUUCAAAAUGAUUUAUUACUACUACUUUGUCAGGUUUUACUCUAACAAAAUAGCUAAACCCAAUUUAUGUACCUUCAGGCUACUCUUAAUUAGCAAAACCUUUAUUUUAAUGAAUGAGAAUUGGUCCAAAUUUUCCUUGGAUAUAUGAAAUUAUAUUUUUCUUAACUAUUUUUGCACUGAAUCUCUGAGUUUCUUAGCUGAAUCUUCACUUACUAUUUCUUUGCAAGGAUUUGUCAUCAGUAUGAUACCUGUCAGAAAUAUAUUGUACUUAAGUUGAAUUUAUCCUUAAAUACCAUCAAUCCUUUGAAUCUCAGUACUUCUAUAAUGAAACCAACAGCUCCAUGGAAAUAGAAUCUGUAAUCAAAUUCUGCUCCCAGUUACACUAGCCUAAAUCUAAAGAGUUUGUUAGUUGUUCUUAAUUUCAUUUCAGACUCAAAAGUGUACUACAAUUUUAUUUUGAUUGUAGUAUCUGUAUUCUCCAAACAUCAAUUCUGUGUACGUUCAGGGUUUGUUGUAAAUCAAGAGACAGCUGGACCUUUUUAAUUCCAAGCACGUUCACCAAGGUAAUAACGUUACUGUCCUAUUUCCAAUAUGCAGCUAUUUCAGUGACAAAUGUGAUACACGAGCCCAAUACUGUUUUAUCAAAUGAGAUAUUAAGCAAAAAAACUGUUAUUACUACAUGUAGAGAGGAGCCUAAGCUGGUAGGAAUCCAAUUUUCUCAUAAAAAUGGAGAACAAAUGUCAUUUACAACUGCUAACUUACUUUGCCUGUGUGUAAAUGCAUUUCAGUACAGAAAGCUGUAUAUUUUUGGAAGGCUUGCAGAGUUACCUGUAACUGAAUUUCCUAGCCAGUGUUUCUUAUUCCGUUAUUACAGAUGGAAACUAAAGAAAGCUUAGGCAUUUUUGCUCCACUGCUUUAAAGAAAUUUAAUUACAGAAUUAGCAUAAAUAGUUCAACUGAUACAACUAUUCUCUUGGUUCUAAUUACUCACAUACACAGGUGUUUGCAGGAAUAUUUCCUUGUGAGUUGUCUGAAAGGCAGUUAAUCUUCACAAACCCGUGGUAUUGUUUGUGUAGAGCUAUUUCAACUCUUUGUUAUUAAUUUCAUGCUAGAGAAAACAGCAUGUAUGACUGACAUUAAAAUACACAAAGUCUUGGAGAAUUGUAAUGAGAUAAACACUGUGCUAUGUUCUGUCCCAGUUCUGUGCGUGAAACCUAAUUAAAGUCACUGGAAUUGAACAGUAUAACUGAAAGUAGAAUUUCCUACCUUUGAACAAAUUUAGGGAAGAAACCAUUACUGUUGACAAUUUCCAAAUUAAAUAUGCUGCCAUUAUUUUUAUAGUAAUUAUACACUUCCAUAGGAUAUAUAAUUAUCAUUCAUAUCUAAUUCUUGUUUGAUGCAGUAGUGACAACAUUGCAGAACUGUGCUAGUUGAACACUAGGUCAAAGUCAAUAUAUGCUGUAAUAUAUCACGCAGCCACUCACUGUGCAUACAGAAAUGUAUUUGCCCUCUUUCCUAUGCAAAGUUAUUUCAUCAUUAGACUUCUCCAAGAAUGUUAAAACUGGUAAAUUUUGAACUGACAGAAGUGUCUGAAGGGAAUAGUAAUGUGUUGUUCCUUUCUUCAAACUACGUGUAUUGAAAAUCAAAAAUGUGAUUUAAUUUUACUUGAAAGGUUGAAAUACUGAAGUAUUAAUAAAUAGAUGAUAUUUUUAGAUACAAUAUGCGAAGACAUUUUGUUAAGUAUUUGUGCUGUCAUAUGACAUACAGUUUCCAGUUAGGCCGUGUAUUUAUUUCUAACUGGAAUAACAAGAUGACUUGUUAUUUAAUCUUGUGUAGUGUUCUUUAUUGUAAGGACCAAUUCACUCUGACAAGACACUGUAAGUCUGAAAAUAAAAUGACACUCAUGCAUUUAUUACACAUGCAUAUGUUCAGUCACAUCAGGAAACUAUUCAUGUGAUUAAUUACAUUGGUUUCUGUGGGAGAACUUAAGUAAGGAGUUAUUGGAAAGACACCUGAGGCUAAAAGUUCAGUUUCAGUUGCCUAAAUAUACUCACAUAAAAUCAUUUAGACCCUUCAGUUAUUUAGGAGAAUAUACGUGUAUUUUGAGGAAUGGGCUGCUAUAAAAGUGUUUUCUCUGUAACAUUAUAUAAAUCGUUUACUGAUGGUAGGGAUGCCCUGCCUAAUGUGAAAAUAACCUUCACUUCUCUUAAUUACUGUUAAAUAAAAUACCGCUUAAUAUAGGAUGCAGAGCUUUACGUACUAUGUUAGAAAAUAGAAACAUGUAUGGAUUUAGCCACAGGAUGUUUGUUUUCUAUGGAUGUGAAGGUAUUUCUUAACAUUGUUUAAAAUGCAGUUCUAUUCCAUAUUCCAUAUUCGUCUUUAAUUUUAUAUUACAAUUCCAUUAACUGUGACAACUAUGUACAAGUUAAUUAAGUCCUCAUGUUUUUGAAUUAUUUAGAGACUAAUUGUUUUGAAAUUCAGUUUUGCAAGUUGUUUGCAUACGUAGCUUGUGGUAAUAGUUAUUGUGAAUUGGUGCCACAUUUACCUUUUUGUUCCAGCCUUGUGCAUAAGGUGAUGUGCCAACAUGAAACAGAAAGUACAUUUGUAUUUUUAUUUGGCAUUAAUUGGUUAUAAAAUAUUGUAUGUGUCUAUAUGCAGUUAGCUAUACAUGCUGCCCAACUAGCACUAAGGGAAAUUAAUGAUUAAUUUAAGGCAAAAAAUUCCCAAGUGAAUGUAGAUUUCACAGAUAUGACUAUAGUUAGGAAACAGUUUUCCUCUGAAUGUUAUAAAAUCAAAGUUAGAUAUAUCAACUGCAUAAAGAUUAGAUAGAUUGAGUUUUUAAGUGCAGUAUUUUCAGCUGUAGCAGUGAAUUUAUGCAGUGGUAGUAGAUGCAUAUGCAUAGUUCCUUUCAGAUAGUACAUCUCUUAUUGCACAAGUUUUGGAUUUCUUGGAUGUUCAUUUGGUAGUAUUUUCUAUAAAUGUAAUAAGUAAAGUUGCAGUAUUGAUAUUGUAUCGUUACAUGAUACUGCUUGAGUUAAUUAGAUUGCAGCCUAUAAAACAAGCGACACACAGAACUGGCCUGAACAGUGAUCUUUAUCAUUAUAUAUUGUUUUUCAUGCCUCGCUGGCAUUGUCUUGCAGUGAACAUAGCUUGUCUCCCAUAUGCAAUAUUUUCCUGGUAUUCUCUUUGUAGUUGUUUGUCAGUUUUUUUGUGCUGUCUCUCUGAACAGGGCUAUUAUAAAAUAUUAGUAAAACGCUUUUACCUAUUUUUCCAUAGACUCUGAUUUACACAAAAAUCAAUAAAAAGUUAAUGUCAGGUAUUUGGCUUUCUCUUCUGUGCUUAUGCAUAAUAAAAUUCAGUUUGCUUUCCUUUAUAA